AUGCAAACGAGUAGGAGGACAUCAACAUCCUUUUGGUCCCGAUGGCAAUGGUGCCAAUUGAAGCCAUCAACAGCCGCCUGCGUUUCUGCAUUUCUGUUAUUAUCAACGACAUGUUCCUUAUGUUCGGCCACUUUGUGUGAUCCGCAAAGCUGGUGGGAUCCCCACAAGGAUAAAUGCAUUCCUUGCACUGUGUGCCAAGGUGAUAUGAUACCGCUGCGGCCGUGUCAAAUGCAUCUGGACACCGAUUGUGGUUCGAUAUAUGAUUUGAAAAUCGAUUGGGUUGUAUUGGCGAAAACGGAGCCCAAUUGGAAGGAGAGGCGAAAGUUUGAUGCUUCCGAUUAUGGAUUAGACCACCAUCAGUUAACUGCCGAACAAUUGCAGCAGUUGCAGGAUGAAAGGGAUCCCAUGGAUUGGCAAACGGCCGCCUUAUUUUUGGCCGUUUUAGCCUGUUUACUGUUUUUCAUCGUGGCCGCCUGUAUACUUGUACAUCAUAUGCGGCAAUGGCGACGUAUGGAACGUAGAUUAGAUCAAGAUGUCGAAGAACUUUCAACCAAACUCAUGGCCAAAUUGGCCGAAGUACAAAGUUUGGAGGGUGGCACAUUUUUCAUCGGCAAUGCUGAUGCCCUACGGAUACCACCAACUGCCCCACAGCUACAAACGACGGUGGCAGCAUUUCAUCAGCCCCAGCAUGUAAUGUUACCAGAAAAAUCGGAAAAACAUCUCAACCACCUACAGACGGGACCGUUAGGGGGACAGCACCAUCACCUUUUACAAUCGCCACAUGAACGGAAUAUUUUCAAUACAACAACAACAAACACCUUAAAAUCGGGCAAUGUUUAUAUAGAGGAUGGAAAUGGAACUGGUUCGAAAUGCUAG